UUUUUUCUUACCUUCUCGCCGCUCUACACGGAAUCGAAGCGAUGCAAGCGCGCGUCCAGGCUGCAUCGGCGGCGACGGCGCCGGGUCGUGGACUUCGCGCGGGCGCCCGCUGAGCACGCCCGGCCAAACCACGUCAGCGGGAGGCCGAGGAAUCCAGUUGUUUGCGCCCGCCUCCCCCCCCCCCUCUCUUCCCCCCCCCGUUCUUCCGACUCCAGACUUUAGCCUUUGUUUCACCACUCGCACGGACCGUGGACACCGCUCGAGGCCUGUGUUUCUCGGUCUCUUUCUUUUCCCCGGCGCUUUCCGCAACUUCUGUUGCCCGGGGUCCCCGGGACUACGACCGGCGUCGACCGCCUGCUUUCUCUCGCUUUCUUCGCCUCUUCGCUGCCUCUCUCUAACAGCUUUUUUUUUUCUUUCUUCUUUCCUUUCGUUUCACUCGUCGCGCGUCACUUGCGAAAGCAUCUCUGCGCCGCUCUGACACUACCGCCGAUCACCUGGCUUGCUUCCCUGACGAGCGCAGACGCUAGUGGACAAGCGGCCGGUCGCAGCUCCGCCCCCCUUUUCUCGUGUACGUCGCGUUCUUCCUACUCCCGAAGGAGGCACUUCUCGUCUCGAUUCUUGGUGAAAAAGGAAGGAGCUUUGCUCACCGUGAGCGACUUCUUCUAUUUUCUUUCGGGAGUGAGAGUUCGGCUUCCAAGGAACCCGGCCACACCCGCUGACAGAUGAAACCAUACACCGUCCUGUGGUUCUUCUUGGGUGUCCUGUGUUCCGCUAUGCUGACAGUGCACAGUCAGGCUUGCCGAACAGAAAGGCAACAGUGCAGUCCCCGGAACGCCUGCUGCGAGGGCCUGGCCUGCGCACCCAUGUUCUUGGACGAGAGGAACCCGACGCUCUACUACGGCAACUGCCUGCAGUCCGUACCGUCGUCCUCGCUGUCGCGCUCGGAGCCCACCAAGUCUGAGAGGCAGCCCUUCUCGCCCCUGGUGCCAGUGCUUAAUAGGGACAGGCAGCGCUAGCUCCCCGCAAGACAUCUAGGCUUCACCGCUCACUAAUCAUCCCUAUUCCUCAACCAUAUAUGUGACCGCUGUGUGACAUCCACUUUCUUUUUUUUUUUUUGUCUCCUUGUCUCCUUGUUCAGUGUUCUGUUCUCGCUUUCAUGUGCUUCGAUGUCUGUGUGCUAGCCAACAGAAGUAAAAAAAGAAAAAACAAAUAAAACGCCGCAUCAAAAUGCUGCUGGCCAGUA